UUACGUCACGUGUGCAGCAAGAGUGAGAAGGAAGGGUACAGCAACAGUAGCGACGCAGAGCACGCAGCUAGCUUCUCCAUGUGACUUGUCACAGGGGACUGAAACGUUAGGAACUGUUCAUCUUUGUCUCCGUAAUAUCGGGGAACACGCACCGUACACCAAAGGGAAGCUCAGGCGGGAACAGACAUGGCGACAUCCGGCCAGUGUGUUGUGAUCACCGAUGAUGAGCAGGGGUACGAUCUGGAUCUGUUCUGCAUCCCAAAACACUAUGCAUCUGACUUGGAGAGGGUCUACAUCCCACACGGACUGAUUUUGGACAGGACAGAACGAUUGGCCAGGGAGAUUAUGAAGGAAAUGGGAGGGCACCACAUUGUUGCCCUCUGUGUGCUGAAAGGGGGCUACAAGUUCUUUGCAGACCUGCUAGACUACAUCAAGGCCCUGAACAGGAACAGCGACCGCUCCAUCCCUAUGACGGUGGACUUCAUUCGCCUCAAGAGCUACUGUAAUGACCAGUCAACAGGAGAAAUCAAAGUCAUCGGAGGAGAUGACUUGUCGACUUUGACAGGCAAGAAUGUGCUGAUUGUGGAGGAUAUUAUCGACACUGGGAAGACAAUGAAGACAUUAUUGCAACUCCUUAAACAGUACAAUCCCAAGAUGGUUAAAGUGGCAAGUUUGCUGGUGAAAAGGACACCAAGGAGUGUUGGGUACCGACCAGACUUUGUAGGCUUUGAGGUCCCUGACAAAUUUGUGGUGGGAUAUGCACUAGACUACAACGAGUACUUUAGAGAUUUAAAUCAUAUCUGCGUCAUUAGCGAAACAGGGAAGGAGAAGUACAAGGCAUGAAGAGGACCUUUUAUUUUUGGAUUACCGGUUAUAUUUUUUAAAGACCAAUUUUAUUUUGGAGUGCAUCACAAAAA